AUGUCCAAGAAUCAAGUGGUAAGCGUUGGAUAUUAUGCAGAGUUGUUUUUCCAGACGGAGAAACAGGUUCAAUGGUCGACGUAUUAUUAUUAUGUAUUGGUAACCGAGACUCCUAGACACCGUUGGUCGGAGGAGGUGCUUCAGUUGUUUCGAGAUCUGAGUCGCCGGACGGAUGGCGGUGGAGGGGGUCGUAGCGAAGGCGGUCGGAGUCUGGCGUCGAGUACGUCUGAAGCUGCAGCGAAGCCUGCGGGUGGCCUUAGUGAGACGUUGGAGAAGUUGGGAGUAACUGUGCUUCCAUGGGCGCGGCGCACCACGAGCGGAUUACGGUUGACCCGGCUGCAGGAAUUUCUGUCAGGUCAGAUCACGAAGGCCAAAUUGCUGAAGCUCAAGGACUACGUUGAGGUGGUGGCCGGGUGGCAACCGGCGGUAUUGCCUCUGCAGAUAACGCAGAGCUCGCGCGCCCUAUUAGUCAUCCUCCACCACGGGGACGACAGGGCCAGUAUCGCGUACAUUGACAACUACAUGCAACCGGGAUCUGCUGAGCAGAAGCAGCGUGCGCGAAGCUUGCUGGACACCACGCAAUGGACCCCUUACGUCAGUGAGUACUGCCGGGGCGUCUUCUCCCAGCACGAGGCGAUUCUGCACAACUGCGAGGUCCUUUACACCAACCUACUCGCCUCAACGAUCCCGAGUCCGCUCCUCGGCUGGGUCCAUAUCUGCAUGCUGCUCGAGGCCAAGUUCGUCGUCAGCUCAGGCUCCGUCUUUACACGCGGUGCAGUCUCCAACCUACUCAACGACUUGGUCCAUCCUUACCAGUGGCUCCACACCUGGAUACCCGUGCUGCCUUCAACCGUCAAAGCGGUCGACAUGAUGGAGUCUCCAGUACCCUACAUCAUCGGGGUCAACAGACUAUCCACUCUACCCGAGGGACCACCCCAGCAUUCUUUCAGUCCCGCUACCAACCGUGUGGGGAAUCAAACCACCAACCAAGCGGGACAAGCCCCGCCAGGCCAAGCCUCAGCCAGCCACACGUCGGCCGGCCCGACCAUGGCCCUGGGAGGUCAGUCUUUUGUGAGUCAGCCGAAAGCAAAAUGUCCUUUCCUUAAGUGCACGGCCUGUGAGACUCACAUUAGGAAGGGGGAGCAGAGUCGCAAAGUCAGCAACAGAUGCGCGUAUCAUUUAAUACAGAGACUGCUGGUCAACUCGGUGGCUAGUCUCGGGGAGUACUCUCUGGAAAAUUACGACGAGACGGAUGCUUGUGAAAGUCCUGCCGCAGUCACUCCUCUGAACUUCAGAGACGAGGACGACCCGAUCGCCACUCCUGCGUUCACUCCCAACACAAACCGGUCCACGUUUUCUACCACCGCUUCUCAUGCUACCACGCAAGGAUAUUACAACUGCCCGGGAACUGUCGCCGUAAACAUAGACAACAUGAUCAGCUCUCCCCGGUCGCCCGUCGACAACGACUUGUACGUCAAGGCACGGUGUGAUCAACCACUGGUAGUCCACUUUCACUAA